AUGGUUGAAUCCCAAUCCUACUAAUACGUCAAGUUAGUUGAUGGAAAUUACUAGAUAGUAACUGAAGAGCUUCCACAGCCAGGUGCAGGUGAAGUACUCAUAAGAAUAGCAUACUCAACCAUAAAUCCUUUUGAUAAGGCAGUUUUCAGUUAUUUAAAAACUCCUAGAAUUGGAUCAGAUGGUUCUGGAACAAUUGAGGCUGUUGGUGAUGGUGUAUCUGCUGAACUUGUUGGGAAAAAAGUUGCAUUCUUAGGUGAUGCUUGGGGUCAAUAUAAGUUGGCUAAUGCACACAGCUUGAUCAUUUUAGAUGAUAAUCAAGACCUUACUAAAGCAGCAAAUGCUUGUGUUAAUCCAUUGACUGCAUUAGCACAACUCCAUCUUGCAAAGAAACAUGGAGCAACUGCUGUUAUCAUUACUGCUGCUACUUCUCAACUAGCAAAGCAAUUCUCAAGACUAUCCCAACAAGAAGGUAUUGAAGUUAUCAAUAUUGUUAGAAGAGACGAUGCAGUUGAAUAAUUGAAAAACGAAAAUGGUGCAAAGUACGCUCUUAACCAAACUUCAGAAACUUUCCUUGCUGAUCUUGCUGCUCUUAAUAAGGAACUCAAGCCAACAUUCCUCAUUGAUUACAUUUCUGGCGAUAUUGUUGGCAAAAUUUUCGCAACAAUGCCAUAAAAGUCUCACAUUCUUGUUGUUGGAAACUAAACUGGAUCAACUUUGAAUCUUAACUCCGGAGAUAUCCUCUUUAAUGACAAAACUAUCUCUGGAUUUAUGUUACAUAGAUUCCUAAUCUCUAUCCCAGCUGAGGAAAGACAAAAGAUUUUAUAGAGAGUCUCCGAUGAUCUUAGAGAUGGUGGUAAAAUCUUCGGAUCAACUAUUGUGAAGGAAAUUCCUCUUGCUAAUUAUCUUGAAGGGCUCAACGAGCAAACUCAAGUUGCCACUGAUGGGAAAAUCCUCAUUAACUGCCAAUGA